UGCCACACCUGACGAAAAUAGAGUUCUAAAUGGAAGAAUGAUAACAUUUAAUGAUUCAGUUAAAUCGGUCUUUCAUAUCCCCUGGAAUCAAGCUUCUGGAGAGAAGAGGGAAACUUAUAACUGCCCCGGACAAAGAGUAUACAGCAAGAACAUCUAUGAAUCUACCAUUGUUUCUGAGUUUGAUCUUGCGUGUGAGAACGCAUGGCAAACCGACACCUGCAGUUCGGUUUUCUACGUCUUUAAACCGCUGGCAAUGCUGGUGACGGGAUUGCUGUCAGACAGAUUCGGACGUCGCCCUGUAUUCCUGAUUGGCAUUAUAAUACUGGUGGCGUCGGGGAUUUCAUCGGCGUUUGCUCCGAAUAUGUCGGCGUUUUGUGUCCUUUACGUCAUCCAGGGCGCCAGUGACUCCAGUAUGUUUCUGGCGCUAUAUACAAUGGGAAUGGAAUAUGUCGGUCCAAGUAAGAGAAAAAUCGCUGGCGUUUUUAUGGGUGUGUGUUUUGGAUUAGGACACGCCCUUCUAGCCAUUGAGGCCUAUUUACUUUCCAACUGGCGAUAUUUAGCUCUGGUGGCGAGCUCACCCGGUGUCAUUUUAAUUUUUUCCUGGUUCUUUCUGUCAGAACCAACGCGAUGGUUACUAGCACGUGGCAGGCACGAGGAGGCGAAGAAGAUCAUUACCAAAGUUGCCGUAGUUAACAAGGUUAAGCUUGAAGAGGACACACUGGAGCGUCUUUUUAACGAAGGAGACGAGGAAAAGCAGACAUCCACACACACUCCUAUUGACUUGUUUAGGACUUGGAAUAGAGCUAAAUUUGCUUUAAUAAUGACCACAUGCAGGUUUAUUCUCGACUUGACCUACUAUGGAAUUGUACUUCAUUCAGAAGGGCUUGGUGGCAACAUAUACAUUAAUUUUGCCUUACUGGGAGCUGCAGAUGUUCCAGGGCUGUUGGUAGCCGUGUUUAUUGUAGAUAGAGUUGGUCGCCGGAGUAUAAUUGUUGUGACGUUCUGCAUCGGUGGAAUUGCCUGUAUUGUGUCAGGCUUGCUUCCUACAGAUUUACAGUGGCUGAUAAUAACAAUGGCUGUGAUAGGGAAGAUGAUGGUCUCUGUCACGGGAAGUGUAAUGCUAAUGUUAACAGCUGAGGUUUAUCCCACUGUAGUAAGGCAGUCGGGAAUCUCCCUCACUGUGUCCGUGGCCAGAUUAGGUGCCGCUGUGGCACCACAAGUCCUAGCCCUUGGCCGGAUGUAUUCGCCUUUGCCAUUCAUCAUUUUGGGGUCCCUUGCUGUUGGCAGCGGCUUGUUGGCCUUAUUACUACCCGAAACUCUUGGGAAGUCGCUCCCACAGACUAUAGAGGAAUGGGAUGCCAGACUUAAUCAUGGCAGCCUUAAGUUUACUGUGGACCACGAGAGCGUUGACCGUCAAACUGGUGAAGAGUUGAAAGACCUAAGUAAUGACAGUGUUGCCGUUGACAGUAAACGUGCCGAUGGAGCUGAGGGCUUGGAACUCGGAGCCCGUAAUGUGACAAAUAUUUAG